AUGUUCGCCCGCACUCGACUCCGAUUGCGUGGUAUUCAGAGAUUUCACGAGUUGUGGUUGUCGAGACAUGAAGUGGCAGAAAUGCCGAAAGGAGAGAUGCACAAGCUUUACUUUUCCUUCGGCGGCGGCCGCGACAGGGGUGCCGAUGGUCGGCUGUGGCGCCGCUGGACUUUCUCGAGAUCUGCAUGUGAUAUUGCUAUUGAGAACUGGUCCUAUCCGGGCGACGACGACGACGACGGCAACGACGAGAACAACGGCAAAGACUACGGUGACAGGGUCGGGGAGCGCAGGACAAUAUCCAUCUUGUGGUUCUUUCAUCUGGUCGAAGAGAAAAUCUAUCUCCAAGUCUACGACGCCGAGCACCGACCACUCUGGACACCAAACAAAGACCGAGACACUGCAAGAAACUGCAAGAAAAGGCUAGAAGUUGAACAAUAUUUGGAGUAA